AUGGGUCCUUGCUGUGUGUUACCUGGCUGGGCAGGAAAGAUCAAGAACCUGUCACUAGUUUCUUCCUGUGCGAUGUCAGAAGAUGAAACCAGGGCAGGGAGUACAAAACCAGCCUCUGUUGAUGAAUAUAAUACCAGGAUGAAUAUACUGGAGGAGUAUAACUGUCUCUUUGACAAAAAGAGUAGGCAGUGGUGGAGGAAGAUCUCUCAUUGGCUGCUAGAGAUAACAUUUGUGAAUGCUCACAGACUCUCUGCCCUGACUGGGCCACCUGACAGGAAAACUCAAGACCUCACAUUGAAAGUAUUCAAACUGCAUCUUAUAUAA